GUACAAAACCAGAACAACAAUAUCCAAAUGCGCCCCUUGAUUCAACUCUCACAUUAUUUGACUCUUAUUUAUAUAUCUCAUAUCAUAUCAUAUCCUUCCAACUCAUUUCCACUUUCAACCUUAUUACCCAUUCUCACCUCUCUUUCUAUUAUUUUAUAUAAUAGAGAAACUUUCCCAUAAUAAUCCCAUCCACUCUCCAAUUUCUCAUCACAUAAGUUGUUUUGUUUUGUAACAAUUAUUGUCAAUAAACACAAUCACUCACAUAUAAUCAUUAGCAUACUUAUAAGUACACAUUUAUAGGAUAUUGUAUUCGUAUUAUAUUACACACAUACUACUUAAUUGCUAGUUAGAAAGUUCUAAUUGGCUUGGGAGGGAAGAAUAGAGAGAACAAAAAUUAGAAAUGGAAAUUCAAGAGAAUCAUCAUGAAUCAUGGUCGGAGCCAGAAACCGAAAGUCGAAGCUCGCGAGUAGGUUUCAGUGGCCCCCUAAGUGGCCCGCUUAGCGGGCCUUUAGUAUCAAACUACAAACGGAAAGGAAGCAUGACCAAAAGCGCAAGUUUCGUGGACGACAGUGGUGAAAUGGUGGAGAUAACGUUGGAUGUCCGUGAUGACAUGGUUUCCGUUCAAAACAUUCGUGGUGGAGACUCUGAAACGACGCUUCUGGCAAGCCGGCUUGAGAUGCGUCCGUCUUCGUUUUCAGCUCGACUGAGACAAGUGUCCCAGGAGCUUAAACGAAUGGCGUCUUUUAAGACUUUCGAUAAGGUUGAUAGAUCAAAAUCAGCUGCUGCUCGCGCCUUACAAGGUCUUAAGUUUAUGACAAAAAACGUUGGAACCGAUCACGGUUGGUCACAAGUUGAGAAGCGCUUUGAUGAAUUGUCUCUUGAUGGAAAAUUGCCCAAGACUCGCUUUAGCCAAUGCAUAGGAAUGCAUGAAUCGAAGGAGUUUGCAAGUGAGUUAUUUGAUGCAUUAGCACGUCGUAGAGGUAUAAAAGCUGCUUCCAUAACAAAGGAAGAGUUGAGAGAAUUUUGGGAGCAAAUUUCAGAUCAAAGCUUUGAUUCAAGGCUUCAGACAUUUUUUGACAUGGUGGACAAGAAUGCUGAUGGACGAAUUACUGAAGAAGAAGUAAUAGAGAUUAUCACCUUAAGUGCUUCGGCUAAUAGGCUAUCAAAAUUACAAGAACGAGCGGAGGAAUAUGCAGCCCUUAUCAUGGAGGAGCUGGACCCAAACAACCUUGGAUAUAUUGAGCUAUACAACUUGGAAAUGCUUCUUUUGCAAGCCCCAGCACAAUCAACUCACAUAACAACAGAUAGUAGGGUAUUGAGUCAAAUGUUGAGCCAGAAGUUAGUCCCUACAAAAGAGCACAAUCCUAUUAAACGGGCUUUUAGAGAACUAACAUAUUUUAUGGAAGAUAAUUGGAAGCGUGUUUGGAUCAUAACUCUAUGGCUUUCAAUUUGUGCUGCACUUUUCACUUGGAAGUUCAUCCAAUACAAGCAUCGCGCCGUUUUUCAUGUCAUGGGCUAUUGUGUAACCACGGCUAAGGGCGGUGCCGAGACACUCAAGUUUAAUAUGGCCUUGAUCUUGUUGCCUGUAUGUAGAAACACUAUCACUUGGCUUAGGAGUAGGACCAAGCUUGGAAUGGUGGUUCCAUUUGAUGACAACAUCAACUUUCAUAAGGUGAUAGCUUUUGGGAUUGCAAUUGGAGUUGGAUUACAUGCAAUUUCACAUUUGACGUGUGAUUUCCCACGGUUAUUACACGCCACGGAUGAGGAAUAUGAACCCAUGAAACAAUUUUUUGGCGACGACAGGCCCAAUAACUAUUGGUGGUUCGUUAAAGGAACCGAGGGUUGGACCGGGGUGGUCAUGGUUGUGCUCAUGGCUAUAGCUUUCAUUUUGGCCCAACCUUGGUUCCGUCGUAAUAGACUUAACCUUCCAAAACCUCUAAAAAAACUCACUGGUUUCAACGCAUUUUGGUAUUCACAUCACCUUUUCGUCAUUGUCUAUGUCCUUUUUAUCAUUCAUGGAUACUUUCUUUACCUUAGCAAGAAAUGGUAUAAGAAAACGACAUGGAUGUAUCUUGCGGUUCCUAUGAUACUAUACGGAUGCGAAAGACUAGUUCGUGCUUUUCGAUCUGGCUACAAAUCUGUUAGGAUAUUGAAGGUUGCAGUGUACCCAGGAAAUGUAUUAGCAUUGCAUGUGUCUAAGCCACAAGGAUUUAAGUACACUAGUGGCCAGUAUAUUUAUGUUAAUUGUUCAGAUAUCUCCCCAUUUGAAUGGCAUCCCUUUUCUAUUACCUCAGCUCCUGGAGAUGAUUAUAUAAGUGUUCACAUUCGAACUUUGGGUGAUUGGACUUCACAACUAAAGGGUAUUUUCGCCAAGGCAUGUCAACCAGCAAAUGAUGACCAAAGUGGUCUUUUACGCGCUGAUAUGUUACCGGGCAAACUAAGUCUACCAAGGAUGCCAAGGCUAAGAAUUGAUGGACCUUAUGGAGCACCAGCACAAGACUACAAAAACUACGAAGUUAUUCUUCUAGUAGGGCUAGGAAUCGGCGCAACGCCUUUGAUUAGCAUACUUAAAGACGUGCUUAACAACAUUAAGCAACAAGAAGAAGACUUAGAAGAAGGAGGGGUAGAAAACGGAGUUAAGAACAAUAAGAAAAAACCUUUUGCAACCAAGAGAGCAUAUUUCUAUUGGGUUACUCGAGAGCAAGGUUCGUUUGAAUGGUUUAAAGGUGUUAUGAAUGAGAUAGAAGAAAAUGAUAAGGAAGGAGUAAUCGAGCUUCAUAACUAUUGCACAAGUGUGUAUGAAGAAGGCGAUGCUCGUUCGGCUUUGAUCACAAUGCUUCAAUCCUUACACCAUGCCAAAAAUGGUGUGGAUGUAGUUUCGGAUACAAGGGUUAAGACACAUUUUGCUAGGCCAAAUUGGCGUAGUGUGUUUAAACAUGUUGCUCUUAAACAUCCUGAUAAAAGAGUUGGUGUUUUUUACUGUGGAGCUCAUGGAUUAGUUGGAGAACUAAGAAGGUUUUCUUUGGAUUUUUCAAGAAAAACUGGCACCAAGUUUGAUUUUCAUAAAGAAAACUUUUAGAUUCUUUUUUGUCCCCUUCAAAUGUACUAAUACAUAUUGAUCUUGAUUGAUUAUAGUCAUAUAUAGUUGAAUCAUUUUUUACUGCAGAAGUAUAUAUAUGUAUAUAGGUAGCUCCAUUUGAAUGGGAUACUCUAUAAUAGAACUUAGGCCUAUUGAUAUGUAGUAAAUGUGAUUUGAAGUCUAUUUCUUGUAGAAUGCCCUCUGUGUGAUAUUUGAUGUCAAAUUUUGCAGUCUUAACUAGCUUUUGCUGCACCUA